AUGACCUCUCCGUCCUCUCCUCCCGCUCCGGCGGACCGCCGCCGCAGGCACACGAUAUACCAUGGCCAUCGCCGCGCGUCCCCGCACCGCCCCACCGUCCGCGGCGGCCCCAUCACCCACCUCCGCGCCACCGACCCCGGACGCCGCCCCUCCCCCUCCCCCUCCUCCGCCGCCCCCUUCCGCCUCCCAGACUGGGACCCCACAUCCCCAUCGCACUCCCCUCACUCGCCGCCCACUCUGCCGCACUCCAUACCCGCCGCCUCCCGCCGCCUCUCCCCGCUCGCGCGGUUCCUCCUCGACGCCCUCCGCCGGCACCAGCGCUGGGGCCCUCCCGUCGUCGCCGACCUCUCCAAGAUCCGCCGCGUGCCGCCCACGCUCGUGGCCGAGGUCCUCAGCGCGCGCCCGCCGCCGCCUCCCCCGCUCGCCCUCCCCUUCUUCCACUGGGCCGGCCGCCAGAAGGGCUUCCGCCACUGCUUCCCCGCCUUCCACGCCCUCGCCUCGCUCCUCUCCGACGCGGGCCUCCCGGGCGCCGCCGACCAGCUCCCCGACCUCAUCCGCGCCCACGGCAAGCCCGUCUCCCACCCUCAGCUCACCCUCCUCGUCCGCCUCCACACGGCCGCGCGACGGCCCCUCCGCGCGCUCUACACGCUCCGCAGGUUUCGCCACGAGUUCUCCGUCCAGCCGCAGGUCCACGCCUGCAACCGCGUCCUGGGCGCCCUGGCCGCCGCAGGGCAUGUCGACGACGCGCUCAAGCUGUUCGAUGAAAUGUCCGACGGUGCUGCUGGUGUGAAGCCCAUGCCUGUCACGUUUGCGAUCAUUGUCCGCGCGCUGGGCCAGGCAGGCAUGACGGACAGGAUCCUAGAGAUGAUUGCAAGGAUGCGGGACGAGGUGUGCCGGCCGGACGUGUUUGUGUACACCGCUCUCGUCAAGACCAUGGUGCGCAGGGGGCACAUGGACGGUUGCAUCAGGGUGUGGGAGGAGAUGGGGAGGGAUGGUGUGGAGCCAGACGCAAUGGCAUAUGCUACAAUGGUUGGGGGGCUAUGCGAUGCUGGGAUGCUAGAGGAGGCUGCUAACUUGUUCGAGGAGAUGAGUAAAAAGGGGCUGUUGGUUGACCGGGCUGUGUAUGCGUCGCUCAUCGAUGGUUAUGUUGCUGCUGGGAGGGUUGGGGAUGGCUGUAGAGUGUUGAAGGGGAUGGUAGAUGCUGGCUACCGUGCUGACCUCGGAACAUACAACACGCUCAUUGCCGGGCUGUGUGAUAUAGGUCGGGAGGACAAGGCGUAUAAGAUGUUUCAGAUUGUCCUUCAGGAGGAUCUCGCGCCAAGCUCUGAGACGGUUUCACAGUUGCUACUUUGCUACGCUGAUAAGGGUGAGAUGGCUAUCUUUUUUGGAUUAGUCGACAAAUUGGUCGAGCUGGGCUUGCCUGUCGUAGAAUUUUUAGCGGACUUCCUGAGGCUCUUUGCAUGCAAGGACGGAAGGGAAUUGAAGGCUGUGGAAGUGUUCAAGGCUUUGAGACAAAAAGGUUAUUGCAGUGUUAGCAUUUACAACAUUCUUAUCGAGAAUCUACUCAAGAUCAAGGAGAGGAAGAUAGCUCUAGCACUGUUUGAGGAAAUGAAAGUUUCAGAUGACUGCAAACCAGAUUCAUGUACGUAUAGUCAUAUGAUCCCUUGUUUUGUGGAUGAAGGAACUAUUCAAGAGGCUUGCUCCUGCUACAACUCCAUGAUGAAGGCAGAAUGGACACCAAGCAUUUCUGCCUAUUGGUCUCUCGUGAAAGGGCUAUGCAAGGUUGGGGAGAUAAAUGCAGCUGUUUCACUCGUAACAGAUUGUCUUGGAACUGUAGAGAAUGGGCCAAUGGAGUUCAAGUACACCUUAACUAUUAUUGAAGCUUGCCGGUCUAAAAGCCCAGAGAAGGUCAUGAAAGUGGUGGAUGAGAUGAUUGAGUUAGGUUACUCAAUAGAAGAGCUUGCCUUCUCUGCUAUCAUCUAUGGCUUCUGCAAGCAUGCAACUUCAACUGGAGCUAGACAAGUGUUCUCUGUUAUGAGAGAUCGGAAUAUUAUUUCAGAAGCUAAUUUUAUUGUUUACGAGGAUAUGCUCAAUGAGCACCUCAAGAAGGUCACUGCAGACUUGGUGAUAUCUGGAUUGAAGUUUUUCAACCUUGAAUCAAAACUGAAAUGGAGAAGCAGAAUUGAUUGAAAUAUAUUUGUACAGAUAUUAGUUACUUGGAAGAUCCCUAGCUGGACAAGCGUGUGGGCCUCGUACUGGAUAUAUUGACUAGCUAGGAUCUCUCAUUGGGCAUUUGGGCUUACUGGUAAAUGAGGCUGGUCACAUUUACCUCGUUGUUGCUUACCUGCAGACCGGCCUUUCCCAGCAGAAGACAUCGACCACACUAAACCACAAAAGUAAGUAAUGUAUUGUGGAAGUAUACAAAUUCUCUAAUUGGCAGUCAAGGCAGCGUUGGUGAAUGGCCUUAUAGUGUAUAGGCACUGUUCAACCUAUUUAUAGAGCAAUAUGUAGUCUACAAAGCUGGUUCCGACUGAGUUUGUUGCGUUAUUUUUUCAACCAAACCGGAAAUUAUUAAAAGGUCUGAACAGCGUGAGGUGUGUUAAACCAGACAUAAGUAUGGGGAGAACAAGAUAUGAAUUGUGUUAUCCAUUAGCCAAUCUUUAGUUCUUAUCCCUGUACCUGCCCUGAAGCAAUCCACCAUCAUGCAGUUGAUGCUAUCAAGAAACGAAAAAAGGACUAAUAUAUGCACAUCAUAUAUGGUUUCAGAAAAUAAUCUGUUUUUAAGUUUAGAAAAGAAGCUUGUAUAUCUCUCUACAUUCAAAAGUUAGACUUAGGACCUUGCACUUGAAGAAAAUAUGCAUCAGCUGACCCCUUUACUUUCAGAAGCAAAAUCAACUACUGAUAAUUGUAGAAGUUCAAUGCUAGGCUCCCUUGGUUUGUGGCGGCAUUAUUUAUCUUCAGUUUAUGAGCCUAUGUUUAUAUAUGGAAAGGUUCAACUAAUUGAGGUAUUUGGCAACUCGUUUAUCCCUUUAAUGUCAUCUGUAUUCUUUUUUGGAUUUUGUGAAAAAUAACUUCCUCUACAUUGUCUGAGGUUCAUUUUGUCAUACCUAUAUUUAUAUGAUGGAACUCAUCUAUGCCCCUGGUCCCUUGAUUAAAAAAUGAGACCAACCAGGACUAGCCCUUGGUGGCAUAUAUUUUUAUAUAGAAGAAGACUCCUUGGUGAGAAUUCCAGAAAUUCGCGCCCGGCAUGAUUUAAACUCUGGUUGUUGGGUGAGCCACUGCUAUCUCAACCACUAGGCCUCUGCCCGGUCCUCAGCCCCUGGUCCCUUGAUUACUUACAUAAGUCAACGUAAUAUCGCUUGACUAUUCUUACAGUUGGUUAAGUUUUAACUUUGAGAUGGCUAAUCUCGCUUUCAUGCAAUUGCUGGAGCACCACCGUACGAUGACAAAGUUCUGUUUUUAAUAUUGGUUAAUAUGUGGUAAAAUGGUUUGACUGAUGUUAAAGACUGUAGCGACUUCAUGAAAAUAUUAUAGGAAUUCAAUCGUCAGGUUCCUUUUUUUCACAAUGAUCCAUAUAGAAUACAGAGCUUUGGGCAUCAUCAGAAAGAGGUCAAAAAACAACAUAGCCAGCUGGUGGAGCAAAUGAGAUCCUGUGGUGCUACCUGCAAGGUUGAUGCAGAGUGUGGUCUUCAAUUGGCUACCUAUUUUGCAAGUUGGACAUGGGGGUAGCUGUUGCCAUAUAGCGUAAGGUAUAACCGUUGACGCAUGUUGAUGUCAAUUCGCUGCUAUGGAUGUAAGUUUGUGUACAUCUCUAUUGAUUGCCACCAAAUCACCAAUAAUUUUGUGGGUGUAGUAGUACAUGCUGUUGUGGGAAGUUGUAGCCUUGGACAUGCAAUGGUAGACGCUGUUGUGGGACCUUGUAGUCUUGGACAAAUGUUUAGAUGGUAUGGAUUAAUAAGAAUACAAAAAUGUCCAGUUUUCGACUUUGAACUCUGGCAGAAGUUUACUUUUCAACCAUGAACUCUUUAACUGUUUCAAAUGCAACCAUGAACUGGUUUUUGCUAACAUGGAUGCGAUGUGUGUCCACUGCACUGCUAGGUUGUUGCCAUGCCAUGAAGUUCCAUGUUGUAAUACAA